CGGAGCGGCGAGAUGUGGCGCUCGGCAGCGGCGGUGCGGGCGCUGCGGGCGCUGCGGGGCGGGGGGGCCGGCGGGGCCGGCGCCCCCCGGGCCGCGUCCGGAGCGGCGGCGGCUCGGCUCCGGCAGCGGCUGGAGAACGAGCUGGAGGACAUCCGAGGCGCUGGCACCUGGAAGAGCGAGCGGGUCAUCGCCUCCCGACAGGGUCCCCACCUGCGCUUGGCGGGCGGCGGAGGCGGGAUCAUCAACUUCUGUGCCAAUAAUUACCUGGGUCUCUCCAGCCACCCCGAGGUGAUCCGUGCCGCCGUGGAGGCCCUCGAGAAGUUCGGCGCUGGGCUCAGUUCGGUCCGCUUUAUCUGCGGUACCCAGAGCAUUCACAAGGACCUGGAGGAGAAAAUCGCACGCUUCCACCAGAGGGAAGAUGCCAUUCUCUAUGCCAGCUGCUUUGAUGCCAACGCUGGUAUCUUUGAGGCCCUGCUGACCCCAGAGGAUGCAGUGUUGUCGGAUGAACUGAACCACGCCUCCAUCAUCGAUGGGAUCCGCCUGUGCAAGGCCAACAAGUACCGCUACAAGCACAUGGACAUGCAGGACCUGGAGGCCAAGCUGCAGGAAGCGCAGAAAUAUCGUCUGCGGCUGGUGGCAACUGACGGUGCCUUCUCCAUGGAUGGUGACAUUGCACCCCUGAGGGAGAUCUGCCAGCUGGCCCAGAAGUAUGAUGCCCUGGUCUUCAUUGAUGAAUGCCAUGCCACAGGCUUCCUGGGACCCAAUGGUCGGGGUACUGAUGAGCUCCUGGGAGUGAUGGACAAAGUCACCAUCAUCAAUUCCACCCUGGGAAAAGCUCUUGGAGGAGCUGCAGGUGGGUACACAACCGGUCCCAAACCCCUCAUCGAUUUGCUCCGCCAGCGGUCCCGCCCGUACCUCUUCUCCAACAGCCUACCCCCCGCUGUGGUGGGCUGUGCAUCCAAGGCCCUGGACCUGCUUAUGGAGAGCAAUGCCAUUGCACAGUCCAUGGCUGCCAAAACCCAACGGUUCAGAAGCAAGAUGACGGCAGCUGGCUUCACUAUCUCGGGGAAAGACCACCCCAUCUGUCCGGUCAUGCUGGGGGAUGCUCGGCUGGCUUCAGUCAUGGCUGAGGACAUGCUGAACAGAGGCAUUUAUGUCAUUGGCUUCAGCUACCCCGUGGUCCCCAAGGGAAAGGCCCGCAUUCGGGUCCAGAUCUCAGCUGUGCACAGUGACGAGGACAUCGACCGCUGUGUGGACGCCUUCACCGAGGUGGGACGGAAACACGGAGCGCUGCGUUGAGGGGCCAGCAAACACCUCCUACGGCACCAUCCCUGCCCACAACCAAGUGCCUCUGCUGGGGGGAAAAGGGCUUGAGCAGCACGCUGCCAAAAACAGGACUGAUCCUCAAGGCACGGCAGCCUGCGGGAGGCCGUGGCUGUUGCAGCGUGCUGGCAGUAGCGCUGGCAACCAGCUCUUGUGUCAUUAAAGGUGUCCUGCAGUGCAGUGGA